GCUCCCACCCAACACACACACGGACAGAGAGAGGACCCAACAUGGCCGAAGAAGAAGGAAGCGAGGUAACUUCUGGUGGUAUUUUUCAGGAGAUCUUCACCUCCCCACUGAACCUGACCCUGCUCAGCCUCUGUCUGUUCCUCCUGUACAAAAUCUUCCGCGGGGACAAACCACCGGAGCUCGGCGAGGUGGAAAUACCGCUGCCCAAACUGAAAAAGAGAGACUUCACCUUCGCAGAGUUGAAGCCCUACGAUGGACUCCAGGACCCGAGGAUCCUCAUGGCAGUCAACGGGAAAGUGUUCGACGUGACCAGAGGGAAGAAGUUUUACGGGCCAGAGGGGCCGUAUGGAGUGUUUGCGGGCAGAGAUGCGUCCAGAGGUCUGGCUACGUUCUGCCUGGAGAAGGAGGCCCUGAAAGACGAACACGACGACCUGUCCGACCUGAACGCCAUGCAGCAGGAGAGCCUCGCCGAGUGGGAGACUCAGUUCACCUUUAAGUACGACUACAUCGGCAAGCUGCUGAAACCAGGGGACGAGCCCACAGAGUACACCGACGACGAGGAGGAGGGCAAAGACAAAAAGGCGGACUAGAAGCGUAAAGAGCGAAGUAGACGGGGAGAAAAUGGUCGGUGCCUUAAUGUUGGUUUGUAAUUUUGACGCCUGUUGCCUCCUUAUUAGGGGCCAAUCUUCUGUAUGUAUUCUAGUACGUUUGGACUUUCACAACCCUGACUGAAUUCCAUUCAUCUCCGUUAAUCUUGUGGCACUAACGGCUAAAUAUGUUACAGAGUUUUAUCAGUCAAAACGUAGAUUUUUGUGGAGAAUCAAGAACUUGGACCAAUUCCACAGACGGUUAUGUGUCCUGGAGGUUAGGAGUAGUCGGCUGACUGAAGGAGGAGCAGAUGAGCUUUGGCUGCGAGAUAAUCCACAGCUCUGUCGUACACUUUGAUAACAUCGCCGCUGACGUCCUUUCAUUCGAGGUUUGGCUCGGCUCACAUUGACAUGAAUUAUCUCAGGAAGUAGUUUCACUCAAAAUUAGCUGAAGUAUAUUGAGGUUCUGGAGCCAGAGGGCAGAUUUAAUGUUUGUUUCCAGAGAACAUUUAAAACACUUAUCUUUGAGUCACACCUAAACUUAGUUUCCUCUCAAAGUAGAUCUCGACACAGAGGACUCAUUCCAGCGUUUACUUUCUGUUUGACUCUCAAGACGAGCGUUUGGAAUGAUUUUUGUUCAUUUGGUAAGCUUUAGUAGGUCUGCAUUUCCCACCUUAAUGUUUUCUUUAACACACAUAUGA